AUGGCGUCCAGCGCCCCUGAUCGGCGGCGGGUCUACAUAACUUGCAGGCCCAUCUUCACGGGCGACAACGCGCUGCUGCGGAGGGAGAAGAAGAUCCGAAACCUGAUCCGCAAGAACAAGCUGUCUCUGACGAAGCUGCUGUCGGAGCUGGGCGAGGACAAGCUGGUUGCCGUGCUGAAGGGGCUUCUAGAGGAAAACGUCUUCGUCUCUGAGGUGCGCGCCCGGGCCAUAUUUCCCGACCUCUUCCAGACGACGCCGUCGCGAAAUGCAGAGCGCGAAGCAUCCGAGGCCAAGGCGGCGAAGUCGGCCGCUAAGGCGCUCGAAGAGGUGGUCGCUUCCGAAGAUAACCUGAAAGAGCUCAGCGACGAGGAGCCAGAGCCCGGCGUUUUGCAGUUUGUUUCUGCGUCUGCUCCUUUCCCUGUGCCAACUCCAGAAUUAACAACAAUAGGGGGGGCGGGCGAGCUGCUCAAGGACCAGAUCCCCUCGCUGUAUCCGUCCUUCAUACCGUACAAGGCGCAGCACCUCAUCCUCACAGCCGCGCAGCAGCUCCUCGAGGAAUGCUGUUUCGACUUCGCGGCGAAGUGGAUGCCCUCGGUACUCGAGCAGCGCGGGUGGGACUGCGCGGCGGCGGUCGAGCUGACCAAGUGGACGCAGAUCCUCAGCAAGACGUACACGACACUUCCCCCCAACGCCAUCAAGCUCGCCAACACCAACACCACCACAUCCCCGCCGCCGACGAUCCGCGGCCUCGUGCAGCCGGCGCAGACGCUGCGCCACACGGCGGUGCACCGGCUGCCGACGACGGCGCGCGGCAUCGGGCGGCUGCUGGGCGGGGCGGUGGCGCUGGCUGACGCGCUGCAGGACCACGGGCGGGCGGCGCAGCUCGAGCAGCUCAAGGCCGAGGUCGACGUCAAGGUGCGCGCCAUGGAGCUGAGCAAGAACUCGCUCGAGGACCGCGCGGCGCGCGCGCUGCGCGACAUUGCCCGCCGCCGCGAGGAGCUCGACCGCGCCGAGCGCGACCUCAAGGCCACCAUGCUACGCGAGGACGCCGACAAUAAGGCCCUCGUCGGCCGCCUGCUCGAGGAGUCAGUGCGGAGUAUCAUUACGGCUGCCUCGGAUGAUGAAAAGGUUGGUGCUGGGUCUAGGCCUGCAGGCCGUACGAGUGCCACGGCCAGCGGCGGCAACAGCGACAGGGGCCGCGACGACAGCUGCGAUGAUGCCACGGCCGUCGCGCUGGCGCACGCGGGCGACCGCGAGGUGUACUACUCUGGGGACGAGGGCGAUGACGGGGAUGACGAUAUUAGGGACGUCAAGCUGGCGGAGGGGGGCGUGGACGUGCGUCUGCUGAAUCUAUUUAUAGGGGUCUAACUCGGCUGGGGUCUGGGGACGCUUAUACGGGGUUUCGACUAAUUAUCUGAAAUUUUUGGGGGAGUGUUAUUAAUGGUCUUGUCGUAG